AUACUGAUGUUGAUGAUGAUGGUGUUGAUGACUGUGUUGGUGUGGAUACGAUUUUGCUGCUGAUUACUGCUGAUGAUGUGUAUGUGGGAUGCUGCUGCUGAUGAUGAUGUCAUUGGCGAUAAUAAUAUUGAUGGUGAUUCUGUUGGUGAUGGUAUAAUGUAGCGAUGAUGCUGAGGAUGAGGAUACUACUGCUUCUGGUGACGUAGUUGCUGCUAAUGAUGACGAUGCUGAUGAUGACACUAUGUAUGUUGAACUUCAUUCGCACAGUACGAUGACGACGUUGUUGUUGAUAAUGUUUACAAUGAUGAUGUAUUACUCAAUUGGGAUGAGACAUAGCAACUAUGGCCCCCUGACUGGCACACUAAUCCACGUUUUCAGGUCAGUGACCGAGUCGCGCUGUGCCCACCUGGGACAUCUGCCACUGGGGGUGCCCUUUACAACAUGUUUCAGAUGAGAGAUGUCAGCGCUCUGAUACGCCCUGGUGGAGAUGAGGGCCUGCUUGAUAAAAAUAAAUCAUUGUCAUUAUGAUGAAAGCGAUGCCGCUGCUGAUGCUGCUGCUGAUGAUAAUCAUGAUGAAUCAACUGCUGAUGAUAUUGCCGAUGCUGCAGAAACAGAUGAUGAUGAUGCUGAUAACGGUGCUGCUGCUGCUGCUUUGAUUUUGCUACUGCAACAACUAAUGCUGAUCAUGAAAUACGAUGCUGCUGAUGAUUCGUAAGAUAUUGAUUUUGCUGCUGCAGAAGCUGAUAAUGAUGCUGCUGGUAAUUAUGAUGUUGCUGCUGAUGAUGAUAUUGCUUCUGCUGCAACAGAUGAUGAUGAUGAUAACGAUGCUGUUGUUAAUGCUGCUGCUGUUCUUGAUAAACAUAUUACAUCUGCUGCAGUAUCCGAGAAUUGUGAUGAAGCUGCUGCUCAUUAGCAGCUGUUGCUGCUGAUGAUGCUUCUGCUGCUGAGGUAUCUGAUGAUUAUGAUGUAGCUGCUGCUAGUUGUAUUGCUUAUGCUGUUGCAACAGCAGCAGAUGAUAAUGUGAUAACAAUGCUGCUGCUCAUGCUGCUGUUGGUGAUAUGCUACAGCUGUAGAAACUGAUGAUGAUAACGAUGCUGCUGCUGAUGCUAACCAUGAUGCUACUGCUGAAGAUGAUGAUGUUAAUUGUUCAUCAGCGGUUGAAAAGAUGUGUCUGUCCUGCUUCCCGCAUCAAGAGGGCGUUAUGGGAUUACGAGUGAUGGAUUAGGUGGAUGAGAGCUCACGCCAUAAAUCGGUGCGGUGACACUGUUCCCCUACUCGUGUUCAUGGCCAUCAUGGUACCUGCAGUGUCAGAAUCCGAAACGUUAUUUAGACUGCAGGAGGAAUCCGAUGAGCUAUGAAGCUAUUUUCACAGAUGUCCAGUAAUUGGUGUGGGUGAUGUCGAUGACGAUGUUGUUGAUGUUGCUACCAUUGUUAAAGUUGAUGUCAUCAUCUCUCUCGUUGUUGAUGUUUUCUUGAUAAUGUUCAUACUUUUGUUUGUGAUGUCCUUUGUUGAUAAUAUUGACGUUGUGAUUGCUGUUGUUCACGCUGUUUAUUCCCUUGUUGAUGUUUUUGUCGGUUACGUUGUUGUGUUGUUGCUGUGUUGUGGCAUGCGGGGAAAAGGGGGGCAGAGCCCCGCUCCAACCCUCCACAUUCCCCACUGCCGACCCCUCCUGAGCCCCCUCCUCGCCCCCGUUCAGUUCAUGGGCCAGGCCAGAAGUCUGUGCCACCUAUGGUAGUAAACCUUUAGUUGUACACAAUCGUGUCUACCGCUCAUCGGAGUCAAUUACUUGGCACCCCCACUCGUUUCACGUGGUUAUCUCAUCAUUCAUUGGCCACACGAAUAAACUGGAACCUGCCCAGCUCUGCAUAGUGCGCCUUGCUUAGCUCAUGGGCUCAUCGGGCAGGGGCUAUGGGGAGGGGGGUAUUAGUUAGUGGCCUUUGGGAUAUCGAAUGUGUAGGCGGGCGGUGCAAUUGCACCUGGGCCGGAGGGGUCCAGGCCGCGGGCUACGAAGAGGUGGGGGCCGGGGGAGGGAAGGGGGAGUAGAGAUUGGACCGGUGGUGAGCCCAUGGCAUUCUCAGGAAUAGGGUCCAAGCCCACCACGCUACGCCGCUGCUAUGUACAUCUCUACACGUUCGUCUAACACUGCCUUCGCCGUGUAGCUCAUUGAUUUCUCGUCUGAUUGAAGCAGCGCCGCCGCCAAUUGAGCGUUGGAGUCGCAUGGGAAUCGGGAUGACGCGACGUGACCCAUCGUGCUCGCCCUGAAGUUGGAAGCGACCGCACGGGGGCGACCAUGAGCGACUCCCCGUUGCCUCUCGAGGGGGGCCCCGCCGCCUCGCCGAGCUCCCCGCGCUCCCCACGUAGCCCCAGCGGUGGCGCGUCCCCCCUCUCGGGGGGUUCCGCCGCUUCCUCCUCCUUCUACCGCGCUCGCUUCGAGGAGCUCUGCAGCGCCUUCGCUGCGGCGGCGGAGGCGACGGCGGGAGCAGCAGCAGCAGGAGGAGCAGCAGCAGGAGGAGCAGCAGCAGCAGGAGGAGGAGCAGCAGCAGGAGGAGGAGAGCGCAGCGGGGUGACUCCGCGACCCUCCGCGGAGCGCGUGGUAUCUUCCUGCUCAUCCUCCCCGGGCCCCCUACGUCUCCCCGCCGAUCCCGCCGCUUCGGGGUCCGGGUUGUGGCCGCCGUCGGGUCGCGGCAGGCGGUUGCGAGACGCACGCAGCAGCAGCAGCAGCACAACAACCACCGCCACCAUCACCACGAAGUCCUUACACCGGGAGCGCGCCGGCACCAGCGCCACGUCCUCCUGCUCUGUCGUGAGCAUCAGCUACGUGGAGCGGAGCCGCGCCGUCUUCACCCCUCUCGGAGGGCCCAGGGGCUCGGCCAUCUCCUCCCCGGACUCCGCCGCAGUUUCCGUCGUCUCCCUGGGGUCGCCCCCUCCCCCUGCGAGUCCCGAGGGACGCGGGGGGCCGUGGGGGGUCCGCGGGGAGGAGCGCCUCGCCUCCUUCACGGCGCGAGUCUCGCGCCUGCCCCGGCCCGCGUCGCUGCGCGCGGGGAGCGGAGCGGAGCAGGAGGAGGGGGAGAGGGAGGAGCGCGGGACCCCGGGUGUCAGGGGACCUGACAGCAGCGUCCUGGGCAGCCCGGCACGGUCGGACUCGGCCACGCAGACGGAGCGAUUCUCGCCGCCGCACUCCGAUCCGUCUCCCCGCGCGUCGCGACUCGCCCAGGCCAGACACGACUUCUUCUUCGGCAGCUCCCAGCCGGAGACGCACGCCUCUCCUCCGGGUCGUCAUGGUGACGUUGCCAUGGCGACAGCGCGGGUGAUGGACGGAGGAGGAGCCAGAGCCAACCGCAGCAACAACAACCGCAACAGCAGCGGUAGCAGCAGCAGCGGCGGCAGCAGCAGCAGCAGUGACGACGACGACGAUGGUGGAAACCACACAGCCCUGGCAGCAGCGGCAGGAUCCAGAAUCCCCAGCAACGGAGUCGGGAACCCGGCGAGAAACCCGGAGAAAAUAAAACCGAGCAAAACUUUCCCUGCCGCCACCGCCGCCACCGGGGCCCAGAGGAAGGCACGGAGUGAGGUGACGAGAGCGCGGAUGGGGCGGAGCGGCGCUGGCGACGAGGAUGAAGACGACGACGACGAUGAUGAUGAUUCGUUCGUGGAGCAAGCACUCUUUAACGGCGGAGGACCGGGGCUGCCCCCGCGUGGCGAGGCCGCCCGCCCUACGGCGGCGGCGUUCGCUGCUGUCGCGUCCCCGGGCCGCGCAAGCCUCGCCUCGCUGCAGGACGCCUUCAGCCGCGACUUCGAGGAGAUCGUGGAGGCGCAGCGGAACCGCGCCGCCUCGUGCCUCAGCCUCAGCUCCCUCGACAGCUUCGCGUCGCCGCCAUCCACGCGCCGCGCCGCGGGCUUCCCCCGCGCGGGUCCCGCAGGGGGCGCGGCUUGGGCGCCCCCCGGGCCGCCGGCUACGAGCGGCCACGGCUCGCGGACGGGGGCCUCUGCAGCGGCGGCGGCGGCGAGCGGCGAUGCCGGGGCGGCCGCGUGUAACGGGUCGUACGGCGACGGAGGAGCGGAGGGGGGGGCCCGAGGAGUGGCUAAGCGUGGGGCCGGGAGCACGCCCUGCAGUCCUGGCAAGCUGCGCGACCUCCACGCGAUCCUGGAGCGUGUCGAGGGAGGCGGCGGCGCGGCCGAGCUGGAGGGCCCGGGGACGCUGGCGAACGGCGAUGGGGGGGGCGAGGGGGGCCCGGGGGGCCCUCAGGACCCUGAGGGCUCGCGCGGGUCGCCGACCCAGGCCGCACGGCGCCUCGCAGCCAAACUCUUCCACCUGGAAGGAGUGCGGCGCUCCGACGUCGCCAAACACCUGGGCAAGAAUAACGAGUCGUCUCGUCUCGUGGCCGAGGAGUAUUUGCGGUUCUUUGACUUCACGGGACUCACUCUGGACCAAGCGCUGAGGCGCUUCCUCAAGGCGUUCGCGCUGAUGGGGGAGACGCAGGAGAGGGAGCGCAUCCUGGCGCAUUUCUCUCGGCGCUACCACGCGUGCCACCCAACCACGGUGCCAUCCGAGGACGGUGUACACACGCUCACGUGUGCCCUCAUGCUGCUCAACACGGACCUGCACGGACGAAAUAUCGGGAAACGUAUGACCUGCCAAGAGUUCAUUGGGAACCUGGAGGGACUGGACAGCGGGCAGGAUUUUCCCCGGGACCUACUCAAGGCACUGUACAACUCUAUCAAGAACGAGAAGCUUGAAUGGGCCAUUGACGAUGAGGAGCUGCGCCGUUCGCUCUCGGAGUUGGUGGAGGACCACGGGGAUCGCCCCGGGGGCGGCCGGGACGGCUCGGGGGGCCGCCUGGGAUUGGGGGGCUCCGGCGGGAGCCGCCCCACGCCCGGCCGCCUGAGCAGCAGCGGCAGCAACCCCUUCCUGGACCUGGUGCCGGACCCCGGCGCCGCCACACACAAGCAGGGCCUGUUGGUGCGCAAGACCCACGCCGACAUCGACGGCCGGCGCACUCCCAAAGGUCGUCGCGGCUGGAAGGCAUUCACAGCUGCGCUGCGGGGAAUGGUGCUUUACCUUCACAAGGGGGACAAGGGCCCCGUGGGUCCCCUGACGGACGAGGAGCUGCGCAACGCGGUGAGCAUCCACCACGGCGCCGCCUCCAUGGCGCGCGACUACGGCAAGCGGCCCCACGUGCUGCGCCUCGUGACGGCCGACUGGAGGGUGCUGCUCCUGCAGGCACCGAGCCACGAGGAGAUGGAGUCGUGGAUUUUCCGGAUCAAUGUGGUGGCUGCGGAGUUCUCUUCGCCUCCGUUCCCGGCGGCCACGGCUUCCACCAAACGCUUCAGCCGCCCUCUUCUGCCGUCCAUGGCCACCAAGCUGCCUCCCGAGGAGCAGAUGCGGUGCCACGCGGACCGGCUGGCGGCGCUCUGCGCGGAGCUGGCCCAGCACCAGGAGGCGCGGCCGGAUCGGCGCUCGCGCUCCAAGGAGCAGCACGAGCACCGGCUGCGCGAGACCUACCUGCUGCUCGAGAAGACGCGCUACGAGACGUACCUACGCCUGCUGAGACACAAGAUUGCGGCCGGCACCGACGACCUGGCCGUGGUGGAGGCUGCCCUGGGCAUUGGGCAGAGCCAGGGGCAGGAGAGCGAGCAGGGCGCGGCUCCGGAGCGGAGGCGAGGCUCUCGGCACCGAGCGGAGCAGCCUCAGCAGCGUCACCCGAAGCAGCAUGAGGAGGAAGGGCAACGCCUGGAGGAAGGGCACGGGCGGGAGCAAGGGAUUGCGCAGGGGCAAGGAGAAGGGCAAGAGGAAGGGCAAGGAGAGGGGCGGGAGUUGUGCCAGAGUCCUGGCACCCUGCCCCAGACCUGUUCUAGCCUUUCUGUGAGUGAGCAGCAGCAGCCGCAGCAAGAUUAUCAACAGCAGCAGCAGGGCGAGCAGCAGGGGGAGCAGCAGGGACAGACUGCGUCGGGCGCGGCGGGCGGUAAAGGAGCCCCCCGGAACGUGUCUGAGCGGCGCAGCUACAGACAGGCCAUCAACGGGAAACUGCGGAGGUGAGCGACCUCAGUGCGGGGGGGAGGUAGUUCACUCAAGAGUCCGUGGAGAGAGGGGAUCAUCGCUUGGCUCUCUCCCCCACCGACCCCUCGCUCACCACAACCGACCCCUUGCUCACCUCCGCCCAGCUGUCUCUGUCAGGGGCUUCUCAACCACGCGCUGUGUGUGCGAGCCAGUGCUGGGUGUCGUGCCCAGUGAAGAUGGGGUAACGGAAUGGGAGGGGGGGGCAUCACUUAACUUUGGAGGAGGGGGGGCACACGGGCUAAUAAUAAUAACUAUCCACACCCCGAGUGGGAUGAGAAGAGGAUUACGCCAAAGCGAAAUUGAGCGGGCAGAGAGCACGGGGAAUCGCCACUCGACGUGAGCGCGCGGCUCCAUGGGCCGACUCUGGGCUUGAGAGCCCUGCAGCAUCUCGGCGCCGGAGGCUCCUAGCGCGGUGAGGAGAGACGGACAUUAUGAACCCAGAGGCGCCCGUGGCUCGCGGCUGCUGGCGCUGUUUCUGCGCCGUUGCGUCGAGGCAGCAGCUAGCGGUGGUUCUAGGACUCAACGAGUGGGACUCCGGACCUAGGGGUUGCGUGGUGACGACCGUGCUGCUGCUGCGGUAUCUUGCAAGAAAGAAGCGUUGGCGAGGAGUGAGCUGGAGUCCAACAGCGGUGUCGGAAAUGACCUCUGAACCUGACACGAGUGGCCCCCCAGCUGCCUCCGAAUUUGGGAGGACACGCGACUUUCUGGGGGCACUGUUGUUGGUUAGGGAAGGGGGGCGGUGGGAACGGAGCUCCCUAGAAUACCCAAAAUAGAAUCACCACUGAGUGUGCACUUGCGAUAAUGAUGUGUGGUUCGUGAAGUGCGGCCUGGAGUAUAUACCCAGUGGAGUAAGGAGCCUCAGUUUCCAGCAUCUAUCCGUGUGAUGGAGAGGGGCGUGCUCCCUUCUGCUGUGUGCCGUUUAAUACACGAGCAGUGCGGGCGGACUGAGAAGACUGCAUCUUUAGAUCUGGGGUGGGAAGAGUGGUCUAAUCUCCGCAUUUUUCAGUGAUCCAUUCAUUGUUUUCCUGUGAUAUAGUCCACGUGUUUCAUUGUUGUCUUGUGAUCCGCACCGUAUUUUCCACAGAUGCAUUCCGUUUUUGUAAAUGAUCCACUCCGUGUUUACUUUAUAUCCAUUCCUUGAUUUCCACUUAUCAGCUCCAUAUUUUUGAGUGAUCCACUUCGUGUUUUCCUCUGAUCCGCUCCGUGAUUUUUUUCACUGUUCCAUUCCAUGUUCUUUCUAUUUAGCCACUCCGCGUUUUCAGUGUUCCAUUCAAAGCUCCGCACAGAUUCAAUCCACAUACGUGCAAUGCGAGCCAGCAGACCACAUGUCGUACUGUAUCUCUCGUGCAAUGCGAGCUAGCAGACCACGUGUACUGUAUCUCCCGUGCAAUGCGAGCCAGCAGACCACGUGUCGUACUGUAUCUCCCGUGCAAUGCGAGCCAGCAGACCACGUGUCGUACUGUAUCUCCCGUGCAAUGCGAGCCAGCAGACCACGUGUCGUACUGUAUCUCCCGUCUCUACUGCCAUCUACUGGUUUCCCGCAGGCAUCGCAGCGCCACUUCGACAGCUGCCAAGCUCCUGGUGGUCACCAGACCCAAGACCUCACCAGGCUUCGACUUUGCUUAGCUUCUGAAAUUUGACGAGAUGAGCAUCAUUCAGGGAGAUUCGGUUGCAGUAGGAUGCAUAUCCACAAGACACAGGCGUCUGGUUAAUCUGUCACCAAGUAUGUGGUGCUGCUUCUGCUGCUGUGUUGAGAGUGGCGCACAAACAACACGAAACUCAAUACAUUCGUCAACACUAUGGCCUUAAAAUAACACACCACGCAACGUUUCGGGCAAUGGCCCUUCUUCAUAGCACACGAACAAGGGCCAUUGCCCGAGACGUGUCUUUCCCUGUGCAGGCAGGGUUAUUGAGCAAUGUGUUGAGGCUGUUUUAGUUUCACAGCCUGCGUCCUGAGGGGCGUCACGUUGCCUCCUUAUUGGCCAUUCACGUUCGCUUUGUUGUCCUCGUUGAUAUGAAGAGGGGGUUUCAUUUCUCACGGAAUAUUUUCCAGUAGUCCCGCAAGCCUACAUUCCACCAGACCCCUCCCCACACCCGCCGCCACCCCCCACUUCGUUUCCGGAGUUUAGCCCCGGACAGCUCCGUCUGAAAUGAAUUCCCUUAGAUGUUGUUCACGUGACCAUUGUGCGCGCUGGUGCUGCUCACUGAGGCGAGACAAAGCACGCCAGACCUCUUCCCCUCCUUUCAUCUGCCCUGGAACUAAUUCCACGUGGCCGAGCGCCCACGUGACUCGUGACUACUGUGACCUUUGAGGGGUCACCGUUUUCUACCCGGUGGAGGAGAAGGGGGCAGGGGCUCGUUUCCCCGUUGUACCCCAUGCCUCCGUGUUUCUCACAGAGUGCUUUACGGGUCGCUGGUAGACUGGAGGAGCAGGCCAUGUGACUAGUAGCCACGACCAUAGCGAGAUGUGUACUGGAUGUGGUGUGCCGUGCGCGGCUGAAGUUAAACCCUGACUUGGACCCCGACCCCCUCACCCAGUUCUCCGUCACGACGCCGGCUCCCCUCGCCUAGUACCAGCAGGGAGAGUCGUGUACCUCUGUAAUCAGCCCCCCCCCCACCCCCGUCUCUUGUCACGAACUCUUGUGUCCGUGACGGCAGGGGUCUUCUCCCUGCUUACAAUAGGGGUGCCUUAGGUUGGCUCUAUGAGCAUUGGAGGUGUGCUUCGAUGCACGGGAGUGGAUGGAUGAGGGUGGCUGCACGGCCAAUACCAGUGACGAUUAUCUGAACCGGUCCUAGGCCUUCCCUAGGUCGAUUCAGCCUCAGAUGAGUACCUAGUGCGUUGUGUAAACAUCAACACUGGGGAGACAAAGGCAGUCGGGCGUGGUGCUGGCCACCCACCCCCUCGUGUGCCGUUCCGGCCUUAAUCGGUGCUCGAGAGUGGCACUUGCACUCAGUUCGUUCGAGGCUAUACUGGGGAUCUUUGUCUUUGGUACAUGAGUGCUUAUGUGCUUGUGUUGUUCACGGCAUGGUUGUGUUUGCUGUGCACCAACCCUGUGCACCAACCCUAACGGGUGCUGCUCACUCACAGAACUUUCCCCAACAGUCUCUAAGGCUGAACAGAGGGAUCUAUAUACUACACAGUAUUUGUAGGUACCAACCCGUUGGAUAUUUCAGAUUUGGGGGUUGGGGCUCAAUAUGAAUAGAGUCCAAACACCACGAGGGUCGGGCGGGGGGUCGGGGGUACCAAUGCAUAGCUGAUCCGCCGGCCUUAAAAUUACCGUCGACUUUACAGUUCGUUAUGUUUAAAAGAUCGCCAGUUGAUCUUGUGAGAGUGGGGCGUGCGGGGCAUUUGGUCUGGACCCCCCUGGCACAGCCUCCAUCUCCGUGUAGUAUUUAGUUUACACGAAACACGACCUUGCAAGAACGUGACCUCGUAUCUCGUAGCUACCCCGCCACCAGAGCGCGCUCGCCUCAUCACUGCUGUGAGUUCCAGACUUGGUCAGCGGGGAGCCGAUGGGGGUAGCCCAGGACACGCGGCCAAGUGUACGGUGGAGCUACGAGAUAAGAGCUGAGGUCGUGUUGUUGCUUCGGGCUUGUAUAUUUACAUUUAAACAACCUCCACCUUUCCUCCCAAUCUAUCCACGUUUGUGAGACAAUUAAUUUUCUUCGAUUAUCACGAGUGAUGAUAUUUUUUUCUCUAUAGAUAUUUGUAAGCGAGUGGAUUGAUGUAUCUUUUAUUGUAAAUGCUCUACGUGUUCAAACGAGUAUAGUUGAUGUAAACAUCACUGUUCGUGGAGAGAGUGAGAUGAUAAUUAUAGAUGGACUGGAUAAAGCCUAUUGGAGAUCAGAGAGUAUAUUCUAACGUACACAGUACGACAAAGAGAAAGGCGACCGGGCGUGAUGCUGGCCAAACACCCCUCGUGUGCCCUGCCGGCAUUUAUUCAGUAUGUGCUUGCUCACAGUACUUGCCCCAACAGCCUGUGUAGGCUAUACGGGGGAUCUUUGUCUUUGAUAUCUAAUACACACACAUGACACACAUAUCAAGUAAAAAAUAAAGUCAUACACACAGGCCCUUGGUGAAUCCACUGGUGGAUGAAGACCUCCCCAUGCCGUGUGGCCGAUGAGGCUUGUUUAAACCUGUUGAGAUCUCAACAUUGGUGCGUGCUUAGAGUGCUAACCAGUCACUUAGCCAUGCGGCCACCUCAACACACACACACAGACCGAUAGACUCGUUUAGAGACCCAUAAACUUACAGAGAGACCUAUGACUAUCUGUCUACAUAAAAACCUAAAAAAAUAUGCCAAUUGUUGCUGUUCAGCAUCGCGAUUAUGGGGGUCGAAUUUACGACGUUAUAUAAACCCAAAAUUUUAUUCUGUAUGAAUGUUUCCCAAAACUAUAGAUCAGCAAACUCUACAAAAUACCCUGUAAUUAUGGGCGCUCGGGAACGCCAGAGGAGACUCUGGGAUGAGACAGGGCAAGGGUGGUGAUAUUGGUGGUGGUGGUGGACCGUGAAGGAUCGUGAGAUUAGCAAUGGUCUGGGUUUGUAUUUGGCAGCCGCGUUAACAUGUGCGCGCGAGCCAUUGGAUGUCAACAAUCUUCGACAGGGGAUAUUAUCAGCGCCAAGAUUUCCUCUGGCAGAUUACUACAGGAAGCUCUUAGAUCGUAGCUACGCGCAUGUAGGCUGUGUGCCCAGUGCUGGCACGUGCGAGCUUGAAGCUUCCUUAUUGAUUUCCCCAAAAAAGUUACUUUCAGGCUCGUCGUUUUGGCACUGCAGUGACGUCACCGCGCAAUCGCCCUAAAAAAAGUUGUAAUACGUCGGUGCCGUGAGAGCUAUGACGGAGAUCCGUUGCUUGCCUUGCCACGUAGCUGCGCCAUAUCCUCCACGUGGCAGAACCGCCGUUGCCACUUGGCGGGUACCAUCAGUAGUAAUUUGAUGGAACACCUCAUCGUUACCACGUGACACCAUCGUCGCCACGUACCAGCACCAUCAUCAAUGUCAUGCGGCAACAACACGUAUCGCAGCUUUUCCACGUGGCAGAACGUUUCAGCCACUUUGUACCGUUAUGGUUUCCACGUGGUGGCACCAUCACGACCACGUAGUAGCACCAUCAUCUUCACGUGGCAGCACCAUCGUUGCCAUGUGGUUUAUCCAUCAGUCAUCACUGUGGUUUGUGCAUUGCGUAUGUAUAUAUUGUACGUUGGUAUAAGUUAUUUCCAAUUUUUCUUGUGAUUAGAAGUUGUUUUCCCCAGUUAUUUGUAAUUUCAAAUGAGGUUUGUAUUUUGAUGAGAACGGAAACGUAUUUAAAAAU